AUGCGGGGCGUGCAGAUCUUUUCGGGGACUUCGCAUCCCGGCCUCGCAGAUACUAUCUGCGAGCGCCUGGGCGCUUCCCCUGCCAAAGCUGACCUGGGCAAGUUCGCCAACGGUGAGACCAGCGUCAACAUCGGUGUCUCUGUCCGGAACCAGGAUGUCUAUAUUCUGCAGAGUGGCAGCAGCAAGAUCAAUGACAGUGUUAUGGAGCUUCUCAUCAUGAUCUCCGCGUGCAAGGGUGGCUCGGCCAAGUCCAUUACUGCGGUCAUGCCGUACUUCCCCUACUCGCGUCAAUCCAAGAAGAAGAGUCAUCGCGGCGCCAUCACCGCCCGGAUGCUCGCCAAUCUCCUCUCCAUCGCCGGCGUGGACCAUGUCAUCACCAUGGACCUGCACGCAUCUCAGAUGCAAGGUUUCUUCGGAAAACCAGUCGACAACCUCUUCGCCGAGCCCUUCAUUGCCCGCUGGAUUCGGAUGAACGUGGAGGGUUGGAGGGAUGCCGUGGUGGUGAGCAAGAAUGCCGGCGGUACGAAGCGUGUGACAUCACUGGCCGAUACCCUGAAGCUGAACUUCGGUAUCGUGACUACCGACCGGCGCCGCCCCAGGGUCCCUGUCACCAUGUCCGACAGUACCGUUUUCUUCGACGCCGUCGAUGACGAACCUCGGGUUCCCAAGGAACAGAAGCCGUUUGAGCUUCACAUGCAGAGAUCUCAGGCUACCUCUCCCAUUCCCGAGGAACCCGAGACGGUUGAUGUUGCGCAGGGCCUUCUGCGCCCCGAGACUCCCUCGGCAGCUCGCCGUCCGUCCGAGCUUGAGGCUCAGCAUGAGUACACUGACUUACGGGUUCGGGAUGUCAUCACCGGUCGUCUGGUCCAAGGUCAGUUGGUCGAUGACGAUUAUCAUCCCGAGUCCGGCUCCCAGACCGGCGGCACCACUCCUGGCGGCAGCGCCAGCGCCGAGAACGAGGCAGUUCCUGAUGCCAUGGUCAAUUCGAUGAUUUCGAAUGCCUCCUCGCUGCCACCAGACCAUGCGCUUGGUGGGUCCUUCGAUGCGGCCGAGUCGGAUGAUGAUGAGGCUAGCGUCGUGGGUUACGAGCAUCACGAGAAGACCAUCACACUGGUUGGCGAGGUCCGCGAUCGUUCCGUGUUCAUUGUCGACGACAUGAUUGACAAGAGCGGAUCGUGGAUCGCCGCCGCCGAGACUGUUGUCAAGCGCGGCGGUGCUCGCAAGGUGUACUGCAUUGCGACCCACGGUCUUUUCGGAACUGAUUCGCUUGAUCAGAUGGAGGCUUGCCCCUCCAUUGACCACAUCGUGGUGACCAACACCUUCCCGAUCGAGCCGUCGAUGUUGCGGCGGUCAAAGAAGUUGAUCGUCAUCGACGUAUCCACCCUCCUCGCGGAGAGCAUCCGGCGUCACCACUACGGUGAAAGCGUCUCGGCCCUCUUCCACCUUAACGACUAA